UGUUAUUGAGUGAACACCUGGCCUGUUAAACGGCUUAACACCAUAGGCUCCGUACAAAUGGCAGUGGACACACCCGUCAGUCCGAUUACUUCACCGAUUCGUCCAAUUCAAACUAUUUUAUUUUAAACUAUGUUCUCUAUAUAAUUACGUUUUACGUGCUGUCGUGGACACGUCAUCAACGUAUUAUCUUGUUCGUGGACGUAAAAAACCCUAAGUCAGCAAUCGCAGUAUUAGUUCCGGAUAUUAGUGACGCAGUGUCGACAUAUCAACACAUACCUGAUAAAAAUAAAGAUUCCGUCAUGCGUGCUUCUAUAUAUGAUUCUUAUACAUGCGUAAUCGACAAAUCUAACCUCACACCUUCAUAUUAAACUAAGGAUUAGUUUUAGCAGUAAUAUUUAAAGAAAAACGCAAGUGGAACAGAAGCGAAUGGACAAUUGAAACGAUAGGAAUACAUGAUUAUCAAUGGCAUCAAUGGCGGAAUCAUAUCGAAGCGGUGUACCAAAUUCCAUAGUCAACGACCUCUUACAAAGGUCAUGCAGCCUUGAAACUGAAGAUGACGAUAGUGGGUCAAGUGUUGAUGACCUUCCACAGGUCAAGGACAUUAUGAAAGAAGAAAUGAUCAAAUGUAUCCAGAAUGUUGAGGAAAGGUUUCAGGUGUAUACUAAGAAAUGUGCCAAGUUGCUACAACUGGGCCAAUGUAAUCCCAAGAAAGUUCAAAGGGCUAUUUCCUACAUGGAGAAUUACCUCAUGCAAGAAUUCCGUGAAAGGGAACCAUAUAUGAUAGAAAAAGACGACAAGAGAAUUAACGUGCACAGAGAUGCUCUGAAAAACUGCUACCCCGAAAUUAUCAGCAACCUUGAACUUGAGUCCUCUUAUGUCCUUGACCGACUUUUGGAAGAUGACGUCAUGUCUGUUGCUGACAAGGACAGUAUUAUCCUGAAAGGAACCAAACGGUCUCAGAAUGAAGAAUUUUUCAGAUAUAUCCAUGGGAGAGUGACAUUUGAAGAAUUCCAUCGCUCCCUCCUCCCCAGCCUAAGGAAAGAUCACGCCCACCUGGCUGAUAUAAUCUCCACAGAACUGGAUGUUCUAGAUGAGUCUACUGAGGACGCUCAGUGUGGUACAUGUAAGGCGUUGAGAAUCGUCCAGGUGAAGAGACUGGCGACACCCCUGUUCAGCGCAGGGGCUAUAGACAUUGCUUUCCAUGCCGAUCUGAAAAGUGCUGCCAUCACCAACAGCCAGAAAUGGUCGGAACUAUUGAAACACGACGACGUGGCCCAUGUCCACAUUAUCAAGGCCAUGAAGACGAAAUUCCCAGAUCUGUACCACGAGUUCAAGCGGAGGAACAUAACCAAACUGGAAUGCUUCUGUGGCGUCCCCGACACCUCCGGCUUCAUGGCCUUGCCUGGUCAACAGUCUGAUGUGACGGCACCAACGACCACUGGGCAGUACGAUGUAGCUGUGCUAGAUGACGUCCAGUCAUUCCUGUCUCUGCAAGUCCAAGACACCGAGUCUGCGUAUCCCAUGAAUGCCCGUCCCCGUGGUAUCUGCGUUAUCAUCAACAACCGCGACUUCGAAGACAGCAGGGAUGCUGCGCGUCUCAGUAACAGCGGAGAGCCUCGUCUUGCGAAGAGGGAAGGGACCGACAUCGACGCCAAGAGAUUAGAAUACAUCUUUAGCAAAUUGGAGUUUACCAUACGGUCAUUCACCAACCUGACUGACACACGAAUGGUAGAGGAAAUGCAACACAUAGCCUCUACAAUCGACCAUAAGCCCUUCGACGCUUUCGUCUGUUGUAUCCUAUCUCACUGUGUGAAGGAUAAGGUGUAUGGGACAAACUGUGAAGUGGUGAAGGUUAGUGACCUUACCGCGCCUUUCAGAGCGUCGGCGUGCCCUUCCCUGGCAGGCAAACCUAAAAUGUUCUUCAUCCAAGGAGCUCAAGGCCAUAUCCGAAUGCAAGGGUUGAACGUUGAGGACGAUGUAUCCAUGGCUAACGACGACCCACCGCAGAACAGAUCCGACAAACCGACACAUCCUUCUGAGAGAACACCAACAGCAUUAAACAUCAUCCCUGAUGAAUCUGAUUUCCUUCUCGGGUACGCUACAGCGCCAGGGUACGUGUCCUACCGGAGCAGGCAUCAUGGCUCUUGGUACAUUAUCAAGCUGGCUGAAGUGUUGGAGAAGCAUGGAGACACACAGGAUCUUCUCGGCUGCUUGCUUAUGGUGAACGAUGAAAUAGCCAAGGGCAAUGCUUACAUGGGCGAUGGAGUGUUUAAGCAGAUCCCGGCUCCGAUGUUCACCCUCAGGAAGAAGGUGAACCUCACGAGUGAUCCGCUGUGGUCCAGAUCACUGUCGGCCGUCAGCGAAUAACGCUGCGAAUACACUUGAAAGAUAACGAGCUCUUGUAUACAGGCAUGUAUUUUUGACUGAGGUAGCCAGUAAUGGAAACAAUGCUCAUCUUGUGGUUACAGAAGGUACGCAUCUUCCUGCAAUGAAUGAGAUGGUUGUAGACAUAACGAAAGUCCAAUAACGGCUAUCGGUUAUCGUUCCUCCCUGUGAGGUCCUUAAAUGUACUACACGUUUAAUUUGAAUCAAUUAUUACUGCCAGUUACAAAAGACAAUGUUCUGCGUCUUUAUCAACUGGUGUCCUGUAUAAGGAGCAUCUCAGGGCCUAGUGGUUAAAGCGUUCGCUCGUCAUGCCGAACACUCAUUUCAUUCACACUCAUUACGUGUGCUACGCAUAAUUGCCAAGGUAUGGUAUACGUGAUUAGCUUGGUAGAGGAGUCCACUCAAAGGCCUAUGCCAAAAAUCAAAAACACGUUAAUUUUUAUUUUAUUAUGUAAUCCAAUAUUCAAUUAACAACCACGUCAACAUGUUAUCAUGGUAGGUAACAUAUGUUUUGGUGGGGGAGAUUUUUUUCACUUAUGAAAAAUGAAAAAGGGGAGGUGGCAACCCCGAGACCGAGAACUCCCCCCCCC